ACCAGAAUAAACAGUUAAGUAAAACCUUCUCAGUCCACACAGUACUCGGUCUCUCUGCAUCAUUGUUCAAGACUUUCAAAUUUUGAUCACAAUGAGGGAAAUUGUACACCUGCAGGCAGGCCAGUGUGGCAACCAAAUUGGAGCCAAGUUCUGGGAGGUGAUAAGUGACGAACAUGGCAUUGACCCCUCUGGGACAUACCACGGGGACAACGACCUGCAACUUGAGCGAAUAAAUGUGUACUUUAACGAGGCAGCAGGCGGGAAGUAUGUUCCUCGUGCAGUGCUUUUUGACUUGGAGCCAGGGACGAUGGACUCUGUGAGGUCUGGUCCAUUUGGCCAGAUCUUUAGACCAGACAGUUUCGUCUUUGGCCAGACUGGAGCAGGUAACAACUGGGCUAGAGGUCACUACACAGAGGGAGCUGAGCUGGUGGACUCUGUCUUGGAUGUGGUGAGGAAGGAGUCAGAGAACUGCGACUGCCUCCAGGGCUUCCAGCUCACACACUCGCUGGGCGGAGGCACUGGCUCUGGCAUGGGCACACUGCUCAUCAGCAAAAUCCGAGAGGAGUAUCCAGAUCGCAUCAUGAACACUUUCAGUGUGGUUCCUUCACCCAAGGUCUCAGACACAGUAGUGGAGCCUUACAAUGCCACCCUGUCUGUCCACCAACUGGUCGAGAACACAGAUGAGACCUUCUGCAUUGAUAAUGAGGCCCUGUAUGACAUCUGCUUCCGCACACUCAAACUCACCACACCCUGCUACAGUGACCUCAAUCAUCUUGUCUCAAGCACCAUGAGUGGUGUGACCACCUGCCUGCGCUUCCCUGGACAGCUCAAUGCUGAUCUGAGGAAACUGGCCGUUAACAUGGUUCCCUUCCCCAGACUGCACUUCUUCAUGCCAGGCUUUGCCCCCCUGACCAGUCGGGGCAGCCAGCAGUACAGAGCAUUGACAGUGCCUGAACUCACUCAGCAGAUGUUCGAUGCCAAGAAUAUGAUGGCUGCUUGUGACCCACGUCAUGGGCGCUACCUCACAGUGGCAGCCAUCUUCAGAGGCCGUCUUUCCAUGAAGGAGGUGGACGAACAGAUGUUGAACGUGCAGAACAAGAACAGCAGCUACUUUGUGGAGUGGAUCCCCAACAACGUUAAGACGGCGGUCUGUGACAUCCCUCCCCGUGGCCUCAAAAUGUCCGCCACCUUCAUUGGCAACAGCACAGCCAUUCAAGAACUGUUCAGACGCAUCUCAGAGCAGUUCACCGCCAUGUUCCGCCGUAAGGCCUUCCUCCACUGGUACACAGGCGAGGGUAUGGAUGAGAUGGAGUUCACUGAGGCUGAGAGCAACAUGAACGACCUGAUUUCUGAGUACCAGCAGUACCAGGACGCAACUGCUGAGGAAGAGGGCGAGUUUGAUGAGGAAGGGGAAGAGGAUAUGGAGUAGACACCUUUUCUUAUCAUGAGUAAGUGUUGUUUUCCUGUCUGUGGAGACAUGCCACAACAGAUGGAGGGAAGGCCAUAGUGAUGCUAGCAGUGUUUUGGUGACAGAUGUUAUCCCUGGAGUCCAUAAUUGAAUAAACAAAAAUCAAUACAAAUAAGAGCAGAGUGUCUACUGGAACAUUAUGGGAACAGAAUUUCUCUGGAAACCAGGAAAAGAAACAUUUGUAUACUUCACAACAUAACUGGGUUACAGAAAUAUCUCCACAAAUAAAUAGCCAAGUAGUAAAAACCAUGAAACAUCCCAUCAA